UAACACUCUUGCACAUAAGCACAGAAGGCAUACUCUAAAUAUGUUUGCAUUGUAGAAAUUGUUGCUUAGUGUAAUUACCCACCUCACCGCGCGUUAUAAGCUGAAUGACUGCUAAUUCAGCUUUUCAAAGCCCUAAGCAUACAUAAAUACUUACACGAUUGUAUAUUCGGUGGUUUAUUUUUUUGGUCUUUGCUCAACUGACACAUUUCAGCCUUAUAAAUCUGAGAGAUACUAUUUGCAAUCAUGGUCAUCCGGUGCAAGAACGCAGAUCAAUACAUCAUUUUCAAGGCUAAUGGCAUCGGUGCAUCUGCCCUGUCUAUGGUAAUAGAAGUGUUUUUCGUCUUUGCUUUUACUUGCUUUCUGAUGUUCAAGUUUGCGUCUUUUAGAAGUAAAUCAACAUUUUGCUAUGUCAUUAUAUUUAUAGGAUGGCUAUUAGCAGUAUCGACGCUAGCAUUUGCACCUAUCGACGCUUCUAUGUCUUAUUACCAAGCCUGUGUUUGCAGUUAUGUAGGUGAUCCUGAUCACCCGGAUCCCGUCAAGGAAUGCAACCCUCUACUUCCUGUCAAUUACGUAGAUCUCGAUGUUCUUUACAUCUUGUUUACCAUUAUUUAUUGGGCCAUUUUUUUUGGAACAUGGAUCCUCUACCCAUUCAUGAUGUCUUAUAUAUCUUGCGCCGAAUUUACGUGCUUGAGAAAAUGCAAGAUGGCUAUAAAAGACAAUAUAAUUUUCUAUCUUAUAGCUUUUGUAUUGGGAUGCCUUUUGCUUAUUUUUGUCUACUUUACAACGCCGAACUUCAAACUUUCGUAUUUUAUCGAUAUUGUGAUGGUCAUGUCCAACUCUUGGUGCCUUUUCCUAAUAGUUUGCUUGAUGGGCCUGGGGUUUGUCCAAGUACCACAAUUAUGUUGGAAUUUGUCCAACCUUAAUCGGCGAUUAUCUUAUCACUUGUUCACAGUUGGGCGACUCUACGAGCGCUACGGAAAAUCCUAUAAAAAGCUUCAAGACAAUCUUUACCUCAUCAAAAAGGUACAGAAUUCUAUAAUGCCAUCUGACGACCUCUACGAAUAUUUCUUGGUCAUUUUAGAAAAAUGCCCGGAAGAUUAUUAUAGCAUUGAAACAACGGAAACGAGUCCACGGAUCACCUAUCCGUACCUCGUCAAACUUCAUGAUAAAUUGAUCAAGACCUCCCAUGAAUACAUUACGAACGAGUCCCUUUUCAAUAAAAACGUGGAACAGGCAUUUAUGCUCCAGGAUGUGAUAGAAAGUAGGGCGCAACGACAAGAAAACUGCAGAAUUCCGUGGACGUUGCAAAAUCCUGAUCGCGAUUUAAAGAAAUGUUCGAAGUUUUUGGACAGAGUGGUUAGUUUUGUAGAAUGGUUAUACUGGAAGUACAUGGUCGAAUGGAUAUGGAAAGGAGCUGCUAUCGUUUUUACCUUCUUGAGUGCUGUGGCUUUGUGGAGUGAAGUGACCAUGUUUAUUUCGUCCCUUCUUAAAAUGAAUAGGCCUACUUUUUCGUUAUACUAUUUGCUUUUAUGGGAGGCACUUCGCCCCAUAAGCACAGUUCUACUACAGCUCAUAUUCACGCUCAUUUUGAUCUAUAAUGCGCUGUGCAUUUAUCAUUCAAUGACUAGAAUCAAACUUUUCAAUUGGUACCAACUUUUGCCAUAUCGACAGACCGACAUCUAUUCUUUGCUCUUCAGCGCAUCUUAUGCAUGUCGCAUUGCAGUUCCUAUCGUAAUCAACUCGAUGUACCUGACUGGGGUUGAAAACAUGUCACCAGCAUUUAUACGAGUUAUGGGGGGCAUGAAUAGUAUGAUUCUUUUUGGCAUCAAUUUUAACAUUAUCUUCCCUUGUUUGAUUUUGUUCAUUUCUAUAUUUACUUUACUGAAUGUGUGGAACAAGGUCUGCUAUGUCCUCACCUGCGGAAGAUGGGAGGUGUUCGAAGAUGAUGACAUUUUUGAGCACCAAUAUAUCACCAGAGGGCGGGAAAUCCUACAGAGAGAAAAGAUAAGAGAAAAUGAAAUGGGGAUUGAAUACUUCGGCAAGUAUUUCAAGCGGCCUAAAAAUACAAGAAAUGCCAGAGGACAGCACUUAGACAUCAAUGCAUCUGGGGAUAAGCCAGAUGGUCAGUAUGAGUCGGCAAAAAACGAAGAUAUAGAUGAUGACUUACUAGAAUACAUUAUAGGCAAUAAGUUCGAUGAAUACACAGAAUUUAUGCAAGACAACGACAACAAGUAAGCCAUUUCGUGGAAAGAAAUUGCAAAGGCAUCGUACGAGUUUUUCAAAUUGUAAAGAAGGAAAAGAACAAAACCGUUUAUGUUCAGGUGUGCAUUAUUGCGGUAGUGGUUAUCUUUCAGUUUGUACUACACACGCGUUCCCGCCAGACUGCCGCGAAGAAUAGAAGAUGGAAGGAGCACUCAGCGGGGCUCCAAACUUCCUCAGCGAGAGUUCUCUUCGCUCGAGGACGAAGAGCUGUAUGCCCUUUGUAAAGCGCUGUGGUUAGUUUGUGCCGCGCUUACAUCGUGACUAAAAACUGCUUCAGUUCUAAUAGAGAGCAUAUUUAAAAAUAAAAAUUCGAAGGAGUGGCAUGUUUUGGUCGUUGAUUAUCACUCUAUGAGGAUACUUUCAGCAGCAUUAUCGAUGUAUGACAUUUUGAUGGAGGGUGUUUGUCUGGUUGACAGUAUAGAGGAUUCGGACAGAGAAGCACUACCGCAUUUAUCGGCGAUUUAUUUUUUGUCACCUUGUGCAUCGAGUUUUUCGACAUUGAUAGAGGAUUUUUCGACAAAACCGCCUCGGUAUGCCAAGAGCUAUGUGUACACAACGUCUACAAUACCUAGGGACGUGUUUUACUCGUUGAAGGACACGCAGGCAGCAUCAUACAUACAUGCACUCAAAGAGGUCAACGUGGAGUUUUUGGCACAGGAAUCACAUAUCUUCCAGUUCGACAUGAGAGAGGGUUUCGUGCUGUGUUAUGACGAGUCAAUGGAGGAGGUGAAAGAUCCGUUUCAGAGGGAGUUGGCAGAAAGGAUUGCGACAGUUUUUUCGGUGCUAGAUGUGUUGCCGUCUACAAUCAGACAUUCGCCAUCUUUGUCUAAGCUGGCUACAUAUUGCAGAAGGGCCUUUGAGAAUUUGUCGCAGAGACCUGACUCGGGAUGUCGACUGCUAAUUUUGGACCGUACCUUCGACCUCGUCUCACCUUUGCUGCACGAGUUCACUUAUCAAGCGAUGAUAGAGGAUUUGUUAGACCAAGAGGUUGUUGACAGCGAAUUCAAGCAAACAUAUUAUAACAGCUUGGGAGAGCAGACACAAAGAGUAACGUUGUUGGAUGAGCGAGAUCCCGUGUAUUACGUCAUUCGGCACAAGCAUAUGGCGGAGGUCAUUCAAUGGCUCGUAUCCAGUGUGAACAAUUUUAUUAGGACAAACAACAUUGGGCAACAGGAGCAGGAUGCGAGUAAUUUGGGAAACAUUGCAGACAUGAUGAGAACACUUCCGAAAUACAAGGAGCUAGGUACGAAAUAUUCUACUCAUUUGGACCUCGUCAACUUGUUGAUGAGAGACUUCAGGUCUCGAAAAAUUUCAGAGGUCGCUGCAAUUCAACAGACACUAGCCACUGGGCACGAUACGAGCGGUAAGUCGGUCAAGCUAAGCCAGCUGGCAGAAAAGUUCAAGUAUUUGUUGGAUGAUGGAAGCAUUCCUAGAAGCAGUCUGUUGAAGACGAUCCUAUUGUUUGCUCAAAAAAAGAACUUCAAGAUAAGCGAGGUGGAGGAACUGCUGGAAUUAGGCGACUUUGGUGGCGACGAACUGCGCUCGUGUAAAAAUAUCAGAAAUUUGACGCCUGAUGAGAAUACGUCAAGUUUAUUGAAUUUUCCCGGUUUUUCUAGCAAGAGCAAAGUCAAGAGAAAAACCGAAGUUGAAUAUGAGCUGUCGAGAUGGACUCCAGUUCUCAAAUCAAUCCUUGAAGAUCUUGCGAACAACAAACUGAAAAUUGAUCUCUACCCAAAAAUAACCAUUGACGAAGCGGAAAACUUCGCGCCCAAAGCCAAUCAAUGGAGUCAGAAACCUUCAAGCUCUCCUACAAAUCGUCAAAACUUCUCCAAAUAUUCAAAGACAGUUGUAUUUAUUUUAGGAGGAAUGACGUACAGUGAAAUACGAACGGUAUACAAAUUGAUGGAAGCCAACUUCAAAAAUGAAAUCAUUUUAGGAUCCACCCACAUUAUUAAGAGCAAAGAGUUUUUGGCCGACAUAGGCUUUUAAUAAAAGGUUUUUGCGAGAAAUUUUUUUUUUAAAAUAUUUAUUUACUAAUCCAAGUAAUUAUAUUACAGCUCAUUUCUUGUCAUACAGCAGACAGGGGACAAAAUCAUGGCGGCCUCUGCACAGCUUACCAAGUAUUUUCGACGUAUGUGACGAGAUGUGUUUGCCCCGCGUAUAUUCAACAGUGCUUUCUCACUUGCUUUUUUUACGUGUAGAGAUGAAGGAGGAUCCUGUAGAGGGUCUCUAUGUAGAGCUGGUGGCCGAUAACGUAUUUAUUUGGCGUGUAUACAUCGAGGGGCCUAAGGGCACGCCUUACGCAGAGGGUAUUUUCGAGUCUAUUUUGGAAUUCCCUACGGAUUUUCCAAUGCAACCUCCCACCAUGAGGUUUGUAAGUAAAUUUUGGCAUCCAAAUGUGUAUGAAGAUGGCCGUGUAUGCAUCAGCAUUCUACAUGCUCCCGGUGACGAUCCGAUGUCAGGGGAACAUUCUUCUGAGCGCUGGAGACCAACUCAGACCGUCCAGAGUAUUCUCCUGUCUGUCAUUUCUAUGAUCAGUGAUCCGAACACGAGUUCACCAGCAAACGUAGAUGCCAAUAUUGAAUUUCGACAAAACAACCAAGCUUUUGUGGAACGCGUCAAGAAGCUGGCAAAAGAUUCCGCCCUGUCCUGUCCUUCUCAUGUCAGAAUUCCUCAUCCUGACACUGAUCCAAAAGAGCGAGAAAAGGCAAUCAGGAAGUUCAAACUCCUCUCUGACCUCGAGAAUAGAAUCGAUUGGAUGACAGAAGAGGUAGAGGACGACAUAUACGAAGAAGAUCUAGAACAAGAUGAAAUGGAAGACGAAGACGAAGACGAAGAAUAAAUGUAAAUAAUAUUUUUAGCGCAUGAAAACGUUUCAAUGUGUGACUUAGAAAAUGAUUUCUCUUAAUGCGUAUAAAUACAACUUAUGCGUUUCAAGUCUAUUACUGAUGCAUAGAGGAUGAAUUUUUUUGAGCGUUUGACCUCUUGAAAAGACGACGGUUUGGCAUUCUAUAUCCAAAUUUCUAAUAUGUGCGCCACAAGAAAUCAAAUUCAUGUUUUUUAUAUUGCAUUCUUCACAACGUGCUAUAUG